AUUCUGACCUUCUCCAGUUAUGACACAAGCGCUGAUCCUCUUUUUGUGCAACUUAACUGGAGACGGUUAGAUACUCAGCGACAAAUACAAGUGGCCACCAUGGUCUAUAAAUCUAUACAUGGUCUUGCGCCCGACUAUCUUGGUUCUCUUUUCACUAAAUAUGAUCCUCCAUAUAAUCUAAGGAACUCUGAAAACAAACUAGCUGUUCCAUUGCCUCGCACCAAUUUCCUAAAAAAUAGCUUUAGCUAUAACGGUGCAGUUAUAUGGAAUAGCUUGUCCCCUGAAUUGCGGCAAGCAAAAUCACUUCAAUCCUUCCGAAAUGGUUGUCGCAAUUUCUUCCUCUGAAUCGACAAAACACACACGGCAUCUAUGUAAAGCAGAAUUUCCUUAUUUUUUUUUCUAUUUUACUUUUAAAUUUUAGAUCAUGUUUAUAUAGAUUAAAAUAGAUUGUAACUGUAAUAAUAGAUUGUAAUAAUAUUAUUAUUUUAUCUGAUAGAUUUACCGUGUCUAAAUAAAAAUAAAGUUCAAGUUCAAAGUUCUUCAUAUAUUAUGUUAGGUGUUGAUUUUCUCUCAAUGGACCAGUGUGAUGGAUAUUUUGGAGGACUACUGCAUUAUGCGGAACUAUGGUUACUCCAGGUUAGAUGGGCAAAUGAAUAUAGUGGACAGGCAGGAGGAGGUAAGUACAGAACCAUAUAACACAGUUUACAGGCUAAAUAACCAGUUGCUGUUUGGAGAAACGAGUUUAUACUUGUCAAGACGAUUGUACACUAGAUCUACAUCAAUUUUUACACAGUGAACAAUAUCUUUUCGGUCAUCAGUUUGUCAAUGCUUAUUAACAUUUAGCCUAAUACCCCGUUCACACCUAAGCUAAAACACGUCUAAACACCACAACAGACAGUGGCUUGUUUUGGGACCAGACAGUUUAUUAAAUGUAUAUAUCCUACGUAAAUAACACACUAGACUAUUACAUAACAAAGAUACUGUACGAAUACACUAAACCAACGGUCCAGUAAUCCAGAAUAAAUUACAAACACGAAUAAGAUGAAGGUAAAAUCAAAACUGUCGAUGGUGUGGGUGGGAGGGAAACUGAAACUUUCUUAAUGCUAGAAAUAAACUUGUUGCUUACUUGCUUGCAAGAUUACUAAUAACACUUGCACAUAUCUCAGCUAAAUUUAGCACAAUUACUUUAAAAGGUAGUGAUUACUCGAACCGUAUGUAAAAUUUGGUCUUUCAGUUCUCUUUGACUGAUUUUUAUUCAGUUAGAACUGGUCAACUAAACAUGUUUUGUUGGUGUGAUUGGGGUAUAAGUUUCCUUUGGGUUCAUCUCUCCCUGAAAUUACCACACACAGAAAACAUUUUGUAUCUACUACAAGCAAGAAGGGCGAGACGCGUCUUUCAGUAACUAACUAUCCUUUAUGAUUCCAUAUUCUUUACUUAGAUAGCGAAGUUUGAAUCUAAUCCAUCAGUGUGUGUGUUUCUCUUGAGUACAAGAGCUGGCGGCCUGGGUCUGAACUUGUCUGUAGCAGACACAGUAAUAAUUUAUGACAGUGAUUGGGUGAGUUGAUUUUAAUAAAAAUUGUCAGCCGGGUAAGGUCAAAGUAUCGUCAGCGGUGAAUAAAACAUUUAAUUAUUGAUAUGAUAUCUGAGGAUGCGGGGUAUUGCCGUUCGAACGAUCCUGGGUCGAGCCUUGGCUAGUUGCUUCGUCUGGUGUUCUUGGGCGAGGCAAAUAACUUUUACAGCCACGAGAACAUACCACAGGUACCAAUAAACAAUCAAAGAAACCUAAGGAAAUAUUAGGAGGUACAGCCGUAGGCUAAAAAAUAGUUAGAAUGUGUCUCGUACUUGUACAACAGGAAUCGCAACACUCACUGUUAGUUCAUGCCUCAAAAACCACGAUGGUCUUUUCCAGCUAUGUGAGCCAAGACUUCACUUUAUAAUUUAUAUAGGAAGUUUAACUUGUUAGAUUAAAGCUGUUUGUUUUCGAUUCUUCAGAAUCCACAGAUGGAUUUACAGGCCCAAGAUCGUUGUCAUCGGAUUGGUCAAACCAAACCAGUUGUUGUGUAUCGUUAUGUUACAGCAAAUACUGUUGAUCAGAAGAUUGUCGAGCGAGCAGGAAGCAAGAGGAAACUUGAAAAGAUGAUCAUCCAUAAAGGUUACUAUGGGUGGUGGUUACUUUCAUCAUUGCUUGAUUCGUUGUAAUUACUUUGUAUUUCUCAUACUGCCUGGAAAGUUGAGUAGCGGUGACAGAAUCUAAGACGCUUUUAGAUUGGUUUCUUGGAGCAACAACUUAAUUUAUCAUAAUGGAUAGUUUUCUGGACCACCUGUAAAAGAUCAAACUGAAGCGAAAAGAUUUUACGAGGCUGUUAGGUUCUUCAAUCAUCGUGUUAUUGGGGCGUAGGCAAACCCCAUGUUUACACGGGUCAUAGGGAACCAAAGACGUAAAAGUGAGAUGUAAGAUAUGUUGAGAUAUCAAAUCACUUAUCAUGCUCGCUGAAAUUGUCGACCUUUAUCUAAAACCUGCAAAAGGGUUACUUUAGAAACCACAACAGAAAAAGGAACUAAUGACUUUGGGUUCAGGUAUACUGUAUACGUUACGGUUGGAGUAGUCAUUUAUGAAUUCUGUUUUAUUUUGUUUAUUUGUGAAUAUCGUUUCGGAUAAUUAAGGUUUUGUUCUGGUUAAUUACUGUUCACACACUGGUUCUGUCGAUGUAUGUUCAUUCAAUAAUUCUGCCCUGUUAUAGAUUAGAACGUUUCACUUAGGAGAACGGUCUGUGUUCAUUUGCAGGAAAAUUCAAGGGUAACCGAGAUACAGGGGUACUAGAAACAAAGGAUCUUCGCGAACUGUUGGAGAUGAGCGAUCAUCACAAAGUAGUGUCCAGCGAAGGUUUACUGAUAAAAGAUCAAGAUCUAAUGGCUUUGCUCGACAGAAGUGAUCUUGUCUCCAACGCUGCUCUACAACGAAAAUCUGGAAGACCCAAAAAAGGUCAAGAACACAAUGGAUUAUUCCGUGUGUUGGCUACAGAUAUCCCUGCUUCCCAAUGAGCAGAAGAUCUAUCGAGAGGAAAUACUUUUUUUUUUUUCAUCCUCAGUAAAAGUUCUCUCUUUCGAGUUUUUAGUGUCGAAGAAACUCUCAUAUUUUGACUAUUUUUAUGAGUUUACUUGAUUUUGUUACUUUUCAAAAUAUUUACUUCGUUACUUAAUUUUUGUUCCAUGAGAUAUAGACUCCAAAGGAACUUAAACAGGGGUGAGAUUCAGUGGGCGAAACUUGCUGGUUUUCACGUUUCUCCUUAUACUCGAGUUCUCCCAUUAAUUUUAGAUAAAUGUUUGGAGACGUUGUGUUCAUAGAUUGUAUUUAUGGGACUAUAUCAUAUCUUUAUUAAUGGGAGAGUUGAUAUUGAAUUAAUAAAGUUACUCGUUAUGCAUUAA